CUUGACUAUUGGUAUUGAAGUGAGGUUAUUGUGAAUUUAUAAAUUACCUAUAUUUAGCAAAAUGAAUUUUCUUUUCAACAAUAUUUUACGUAAUGCAGCGGUAAUAUCAUAUCGCUCACAUAAUUCCUUAAAGCUAUACAUAACAGCAAUACAAAAUAUUACAUAUAUUCACACCACAAGUAAACAUAACAAUUUAAUGGAUUUCUUCGAUAAUAAAAAGAACUGGAAUGAAACUAACAUUCGUGUUGGCAGAGCUUGGCGUUUGGAUGAGUUAAGAAUAAAGUCGAACACAGAUCUACACAAAUUGUGGUAUGUUUUAUUGAAAGAAAGAAAUAUGCUAUUUACUAUGGAACACGAAUGUAAUCGAAAAGUGCGACUUUUCCCGAACCCAGAAAGGAUUGACAAAGUUGAAGAAUCAAUGAAUAACAUUGAAACUGUCGUAAGAGAACGUAACACGGCAUAUUACACAUUGGAAACUGGUGAAACUGGAGAACGGCCUGUUGAAGAUGUAGUCAAUCUAUUUGGCUUACCAGAGAAGUAUCCUAAGAAUGAAUACAUAAUACCAAAAUUUAUGAAUACACGUUGGGUAAAAUCUUAUCUGGAACAUGGAUACAUAAAUAGUCUUGCUGUCAAAAAAUUCUAUAGAUUAUACCAGGAAAAGUUACGUAGUAUAAAAAGAAAUGAAAGGAACAGAAAUUUCAACCAUGUUCAACACCUUUUGAAGCGUUUUCCUGAUAUGGACUUGGAAAAAUUACAAGCAGAGUAUCCCGAGGUCGAUUUAGAGAAGGCUAAAAGGACUAAAAAAGCUAGAGGCCAUUUUCUGCCCAAAUACUGAGUUGACUAGUUCAAUACAAUGAUUAUAUCAGUAGAAAAUAAAUUACCUGAAUCCACCAUA